AUGGCUACCCCCGAAUCAAAGAAGAAAGCAACGAGGAAAGCAGACGAAGAAGCAAACGAAAACGUAAACGACAAAGCAACAUACGUGAACGAACAGAAGAUGCAGAAAUUCGUCACUUUCGUCGGCACGAUAAUCUCAAUCGGCUUCUUGAUAUCUGCGAUGUGGGUUCUGUGGCGGCUAGAAGACAACACCGUCGCUAAACUGGCUACCGUCACCGCAUUCGUCGUGACUUUCGCCGGGUGGUUAGGCUUCCUGACAACGGCGCAAAGGAAGGACGUCAUUGCUGCUACAGCGGCAUAUGCGGCUGUGCUGGUUGUGUUUGUCAGUCAGCAGAGCCCUGUUACUGUAACGACGCAAGGCACUGGCACUGUGGUAACGUAG